AAAACCAGCAACAAUAUUAAACCUAGUUUCACUUCCCACCCAGGAGUGCCUUACGAAGUAGCCUUGCUUAUGUCUUAUUGGGCAAAAAAAAAUCAAACAAAGAAAAUAAACACUGAAAUCUGAAGAUGCCAUCAUUAUUGAAGACGUUAUCAUUCACUUCUGGUUUUGUUCUAAGUAUUGGAUCGUUUGCAGUUAUUUGCACUUGUUUAGGAACGCAAGAAUGGGUGACAAGCAGUGUCCACUUCAAGGGAGCAAAUUAUUCCGGAUAUGCAUAUAUUAGAUAUGGCCUGUUUCAAGCGAGACAUGAAAAGAAGGUCACCGAAGGUGUUGGACUUGACCAACAACCAGCGAACUUCCAAGUUUUUGAAAAGCUCACUGGAAACGACGCGCAGAAAAUCAUCCACAUACUGAUAAUAUUGUUUCUGGUCAGCGGCCUACUGUUUUCUUUUAUGGGCUCUGUGACUACUUGCUUGAACAUUGUCAGCAACCCUUAUUUGACGUACCUGGGCCCUAUUGGUGUUUACAUAUGGACUUCGAUAAAUGGCAUUUGUAUUCUACUCGCAAUGAUUUUAUUUGCAUCAAACACAGAGCUUAACGGGAUGCCAAAGUACCUUGCAGAAAUAAUAGACAAUAGUGACGAUAAGUAUUUUGAAACUCGAAACACAUAUGGAUACUCAUACUGGCUGCUGCUCCUCAGUUUAUUUUUAAAUAUUGGAACAAUCGGCGUGAUUUAUUAUUACCAGCACGCAAGAUACAGCAAGCAGAAGGAACAAGAAAGACCACUGGAAAACGCAUCCAAGGAUGUGAUUUUAUUUUGAACAACGGAUGCCAAAAGGGAUGGACUGCAUCUAAAAGCUGUGGGCAUGACUGAUUAUUUAAUAGCUUUUUAUUGUCUUUAUCACCAGCCUUUCAAUAAAACAGCAGGCUUUUCAGGA